UAAAAGGAAUCAGUCAUCAGAGCUGCCUUAGAAAACCUGCCUUGCAUGAUGGGCGGCACACCGUGGGCGGCUGCAGGGACUCUGUUAUCACAGGUAGGAAGUUUUUAAAAAGGCACGCAGAUGAACUGUGUUAGAAAAACACCAAAGAGGAGAAGGGUGUUGUAUCAUACAGCUGCUUCUUACUAUAACACUUCAGUGGUGUCAGGAACAUUUGGAUCCAAAACAGCACUCUUUUGGAAGAGGAAAUGGGUGAACAGACUACAUCACCAGACGGGUCUCAACCUUCGGAUUAUUAUAACUAUGAUGAUGAAGACCAAGAUUAUGAUGAAUUGUGUGACAUUAAAAGCAAAACUAACGUGACAUACCAAAUUUACUCUUUCAUAUGUGCACUCGGACUACUGGGCAAUGUUCUAGUCCUUGUCACAUAUGCAUUUUAUAAAAAAGCCAAGACCAUGACAGAUAUCUAUCUAGUAAACGUGGCCGUGGUGGAUCUCUUGUUUGUUCUUGCCUUGCCUCUGAUCAUUUAUAAUGAGCAGUAUAACUGGAGCAUGGGUACCUGGGCUUGUAAGGUACUACGAGGAAGCUACAGCAUCAACCUGUACUGCAGUUUGCUCUUGCUGGCCUGCAUCAGCGGAGACCGCUAUAUAGCCAUCGUUAAAGCAAGGCGUUCGUUUGGAUUUCGCUCCAGAGCCCAGAUAUACAGUCGUCUCCUCUGCACAAUAAUAUGGCUAUUUGCUAUUGUAUUAUCCCUGCCAACAUUCAUAUACUCCGAUCUAGGACAGGAUUAUAUUAAUGGAACUCUAGAAAUUGAGUGUAGCUUGACAUUUGCGACAAAUGGCACAGCACAGCUGAUGAAAAUCCUUCUGCCUAGCACGCAGGUGUCUGUGGGUUUUUUCAUACCUCUGCUGGUGAUGGGCUUCUGCUACUGCAGCAUCAUUUACACUCUACUCAGAGCACAAAAUUAUCAAAGGCACAAGGCACUGCGCGUGGUUCUGGCUGUAGUUCUUGUGUUCAUCCUCUGUCAUUUGCCCUAUAACGUCACGCUCCUGAUCCACACAAUUCGGUUGUUCAAGCAGAGAGACUGCAAUGCAGAACAGAACAUCCACUUGGUUUUGUCUGUGACCAGAAGUGUGGCGUAUCUCCACUGCUGCCUCAAUCCCAUCCUUUACGCCUUCAUCGGAGUCAAUUUCAGGAACCAUUUCUUGCAGAUCAUUGAGGAUUUGUGGUGCUUAGGGAAGAAAUACUUCUCCUCCAGACCAUCCUCUCAUCAAACUUCAGAACUGUACAUUUCUGCACACAAGUCCAUCACUGCACCACAUAACGAAAAUCCCUCCUCAUUUACAAUGUGAGGUGCAGCAUGGAACAGAACAUUGAGGCUUUUCUCAUUUGUGCAAAUAAACAUGCAUUAAUGUUUUUAUUUGUUGGGUUCAAGUCAUACUGAAACUUUGAGGUCACCUGGAAUUUGCCAAUAGUACAUCGAAGUGAUUUUAAUACAUGUAUAUAGUCACAUCAAUUUCAUUUCCGAGUUCUCUCUGACUAAGGACAGUCUGAACCAUGAUAACGAGUCUUUAUUGGUUACAUGUACAUUACAGCACAGUGAAAUUCUUUUCUUCGCAUAUCCCAGCAUGUUAUGAUGGGGUCAGAGCGCAGGGUCAGCCAUGAUAUGGAGCCCCUGGAGCAGAAAGGGUUCAAGGGCCCAACUCCAAGGGCAGCUUGGCAGUGCUGGGGCUUGAACCAAUGACCUUCCGAUCAAUAGCCCAGAGCCUUAACCGCCACGCCACCAGUGAUGGACAUUGCACUCAGUGGGAUACCUGGUCUGAAUGUUUUAUAUGUUUUGAAUGAGUUUUUCUUUCGAAUUUAAGUGUGAUUAUUAUUAUUUUUUUUAUUACAAUAAUAUGACACUUGCUUUACAGUUUGUUUAAAAUGUUAUUAUUUUCCCAUUACUUCAUUUUUACUCUUCAUGUCCUAAUAUUGUGUAACUGAUCUACCAAGGAGAAGACAUCAUACUGAAUCUAUACAGCUUUUCACCAUACAGUCUGGUCACUUAGAAAUUUCAAAACGGGAGAAAACUCUCUUUAAAGAUUUCAUUUUUGACUACAGCACAGGAGCAUCACAGACAAUUUAAGUCAGUAUCUGACUACAAAAAGAUUCAGCGUGUAUCCAUUUUACUAUGGUAUGUAAGUACACAACAAUUUAAUCAAAGACAGUCAGACCUUUUUAUCCUGGCUCCUUCCUCAACAUGAUCUCUGCAUGAAGACACUCUGGUUGAGAUUAAAAUAUAGAUGGAAACAUAAAAACACCUCCUUGUUAUAGAGCAGUGUGCACAAGAGCCUUUGUAAAUAUCAAAAAUGUAAAUAAAAACUUGAAAUACAUUUAAGGUUUCUUAAAGUUGUGAUGUCAAAGUGUAUGAUAAAGUAUACGAAAGAGCAAAAACCAUAACAGAAUAAUCAGAGUAUUGUACAGUUCUGUCUACAGAAGAUUUACAUAUGGAGGGAAACAUAAAAACACUUCCGUAUUAGAGAGAAGUGUGCACAAUCAAGUCUUUGUAAACAUCAAAAACAGUCAAUAAAAACAUGAAAUACA